AGGCGUCGACGAGAGUCACGUGACAUCGAGACAGAAAUGAUUUACCUGCGGACUGUCACACCUGUGCGUGUCUGAUCGAGUCUGACACGUCCGAGCUCUUAUAAUACUCGAUAUACGUUUAUUUAAUCUUCUCGAUGGAGUCUCAGGACUCUGUUAGCAGAGAUCUUCAUAUUCAUCCUGAACUCAAAGGGUCUGACUGGAGUUAGAUUGAGCACCAAACCACAGAGAUGAUCACAGAUCGACAGUCCAGCCCAGAAAAUCAGACUGAUCUGAACAUGCUGAAGCAUGCAGACGAGCUCAGACCUCCAGAGCCCAGCGAGCUCCACAGCUUUGAUGGAGAUCAGCCGGAGAGCGACCGGACGGAGACGCAGGAGAAGCCACGGGACAUCAGUGACGGCUCGCUCGCUGAUGACGAGGACGAUGGAGAACAGCUCCAGGACGCCUGGUGUCCAGAGAAAGCCGCGCAGGCGUUCACACCGAACGUGAUGAUCGUGCAGCCGACGGGACACGAGGACGUCCAGAAGCACAUCGAGAUGGAGAAGAUUCCUCUGUAUGUGCACAGCUUCCACACGAACCCUCCUGAACACUUCCACCCGCCGUGGAUCGAUGACAUAGACAAACCCCAAAACAGUUGUGUGGACGCUAUGCGAUUGUGUGUUUGUGUAACGGCUGCCGCGGUGUUUUUCCCGUUACUAACAUGGGGAGGAUACAAGCUCCUCCCCUUUGAUGCCCCUCCCCUCGACAGCUCCGCCCUCAGACUGAUCUACACACUGCGCUGUGCAUUCUUUGCCAUCAUUCCCAUCGUGCUGGGAGUGCUGGUUCAGGGUGUGUCUCGUGUGAGGUUCGGGACGCUGAAGCCUCUGUUUGACGGGACGUGGGAGAAUCGUGAGGUGGUUGUUCACCAUCAUUUCGUGCGAGACUCGCUGCACCUGUACCUGCUCUACUUCCUGCAGCUCGCGGUCAUGGCAACGUACACCCAACAGGAAAUGCUCAAACUGGUGCCGCUCCUCACCAUCAUCUUCGUCCUCGGCAGGUUGAUCUACUGGGUGUGUGUUGUGUUCGGCAGCAGUGUACGAGCGUUUGGAUUCGCUCUCUCCUUCCUGCCUCUGCUUGUUCUGCUGGGCGCAAACCUUUAUUUCAUUGGCUCAGUGAGCGGACAGGAGGCGGUGUUUCAUUUGGCCCCGCCCCCAACAGCUCCGCCCCCUAAACAGAGGUGGUGGGGCUGAAAACCACUUCUGAAUAAAAAGUGAGUGCUUUACCGCAGACUUCACAUCCAUCCAUCCAGAAGAUCAAAACAUAAAGACUGAAUGAAAGACUCCGCUCGCACUGAAAGGAAGAGAGGAUGAAUGAGACGAAACUCAAUGUGUGUCAUGAGACAAAACCAGUUUGACUGCUGCAAACGCUCCCGAUUCAGCCUUUCAGGAAAUCUGACCUGAGUAGUGACUCACUAUGACUUCACACACUGAUAUAUAUACACACACACACACACGCGCGCAUCUGAAAUCAGAAGGAAACAAAAAUCUGACUUGAAGAAAAUGAAGCUUGUUUGAAGGAUCAUUAUAAUGUCUUGUUUUAUUUCAUGAUAAUUAAACAUUCACAUCCUAAAUUCUCACUAUUGCUCAAAAAAUUUAUUAUCUUCACUGUAUUGUGGAAAAAAAAUUACUGGUAUAUUAAAAAAAAAAAAAAAAAAGUGAUGUCACAAUGCAAGAAUAAGGGAACUAAAACAGUUAGAUGUAAUUGAAUUGUAACCUUGAUGUAUAUUUUCGUCUUUGAUAAUAAUUGUAAUGUUCUUUAUUCUACAUGAAGGUUUUUUUUAUGUUGUUUUUUUGUCGUGCUGUCAUUAAAAUUGCUGAUAUUUCACUAAA